AUGAGUGAACCAAGCGAGGCGUGGAAGGCAGCCAAGAUACAGCGUCGAUCCGCAAAGGCUGCGUUGACAAGGCUGGGAAAAGCGCUGAAUCAUCUGUGCGAGAACGAACAAUCGGCUGAAGAGGUAAGCGAUUAUCUCAUUAAACUAAAACAAGCCUUUGAUAACGUGGUCUCAAAACACGAACUAUAUGCCAAUUUAAUUGACCAAGAUGAACAGUUUUUUAAAACUUGACAUCGAUGCAAAGUGUUAUAUAGAAAAUGUUUCUGCGAAAAUUAGCAAAAGUAGCCUUGAGAAAAACCCGCAAAAUUCCUCAGGAAUGAUUGGAAUGCAAAACACACCGAGCGAAAGUAAUACGAUGAAAACAAUAUGAUUGACAUUUCGACGCCCCAGGAAAAUCCUAGCAUUAACGAGGAAAUUUCUAUCGAAUCGGUCAACAGUCCACCUGAGUUUCUCCAAAAUAAUCUCGAAGCAAGCCAAAGCGCGUCCCAACCAGAAGUUAUUAAUGAAGCAGGACCUGCUAUAAAUUCAACCCCAUGUGGUUUCCAAAUGGAAAAACCAAAAUUGCCAAAAUGUUAUGGUGACAUGCGAGAAUAUGCAAUUUUUCACGCAGAUUUCAAGCACGCGAUCGAAUCAAGGUAUUCGAAAAGAGACGCGAUAACAAUGCUACGUACUUGUCUGAAAAAAAGCGCUUGAGCUAAUAAAGGGGAUUGGUUCAGAUUAUGACGCGGGAUGGGAAUAUUUAUAUUCAAUAUAUGGGGACCGGCGGUUUGUUUCUGACACUAUCACUCAGGACAUAGCAAAAUUUAAACCGUUAGAAGAAGGGAGAAGAUGUGCGGUUUUGCAACCUUGUUCAUUUGGUAAGACGUAGCUAUAACACGCUAAAGGAAGUUGUGCUAACAAUAAUUGAACAAAAGAUAUGCCCAGAUGAUCGGAAAGUGUGGUCAAGAGAUUUAGAAAGAGAGCGAAAACCAGCCACGCUGAAUGCCUUGAUGACGUGGAUGACGAGCGAGAUGAAGUCGCGCAUGCGUGCGACAGCUCCAGUUAGAAGUGGUUUAACAAAUCGACGCAAAAUCAAUCACUUGCACGGCGAAAUCGAAGGCGGUAAUAAGAGCAGAAACAAGUGUCGACUGUGCAACAACUCAAAUCAUUGGCCGGACCAGUGUCAAAAGUUUGCAGCAACGAGUGUCGAAGAGCGACUCGUGGCGGCGAAAGAGAAUCACGUUUGUUUCAGCUGCUUAAAGAAAGCGGGUCGAGAUCAUCGUCAAGCAAACUACAUGAAGUCGGCGAAAACAAUGCAACAAAGUUGA